UAAUUAUACAUUGAUGACGUAGUUUUGGGGUCCUUCGGACUUCCGGGUUUAGGUAAACAGAUUGUCAACGAAGUCGCCAGGCUUAAAAGAUGUCUAAAGUAACGUUUAAAAUCACCCUGACGUCGGAUCCCCGGCUGCCGUACAAAGUGUUAAGUGUCCCAGAAAGCACACCAUUCACAGCAGUUUUGAAGUUUGCAGCUGAAGAGUUUAAAGUGCCAUCAGCUACCAGUGCAAUUAUAACAAAUGAUGGAAUAGGAAUCAACCCUGCUCAGACUGCAGGGAAUGUGUUUCUGAAGCACGGCUCAGAGCUUCGCCUCAUUCCCAGAGACAGAGUGGGAGGACACAGAGACUGACUUAUGCAGCCUUUCCCCGUUGAUGGCAGAAUGACUCAUCACAUAACGCUUACUACCCAGGAAACACCUCAGCAUGUGUCAUGUUUGCUUUCUGGCCCACCACAACUGACAGUGACUCACGCAAAAACACGCAUAUUUCUACUUUACGCGGCCGUCGCUGCUCGCCUCUUCAUCAUCGAGCCGAGCUCAAAGGUUCUAAGUGACAUCAAGAGUCAGAGAUGUGCUGAGGAUUAGAUCUACACAAACACAGCAGCAGAUUUAUCUUGGAUUUACAGUAACUUUUGUGCUUCCCACAUUUCAAUAAACUAUUAGUGUAACAAAGAGAAUAUCCCUAGAUUUAUUUGCUUACCUUGGUUGUUUUUCUGCUUAUUGAGGAUUUACAAACAUGGUAGAGGCACCUAUUUUGUGUUAGUACAAGCAUAAAUAACCUUGUUGCUUUGAUUUCUGAUGCAGGUUUAAACUUAAAAACAUAUUUUUCAUUAUGGAUGCAUUUUAAAUGUGUAUUUUGGACCAACUAAAGACCUAAUCAAAACGCAAACCAUUAAAUCACACUCUGCACCCACAUGGCUCAAUGCUGCCCUCUGUCUGCUGGUAUUUUAACACCAUUCUGUACUCAAGCCAAUGUUUUUUUUUUAAGUUAUUCAUUGUGCAUAUUCUCAUAAUAAACGGAGCAGAUUCUGA